UCUCUUUUAAUCUCUUUUAAGAAUCUCUCUCUUUAUUUGAGAUAUGGCUCCUAAAAAUGUAGAAAGGAAAUUGGAGAAGAAGAAUGAAUACAAUAAAGGAGCAUGGACUUCUGAAGAGGAUAAAAAGCUUUCUCAAUACACUCAGAUCCAUGGCGCAAAAAGAUGGAGUACAGUGGCCAUCAAUUCAGGGGUAAAUCGAUGUGGAAAGAGUUGUCGGUUGAGAUGGUUAAAUUAUUUGAGACCUGAUAUUAAAAGAGGCAAUAUAUCGGAGGACGAGGAAGAUCUUAUAAUCAGACUUCACACACUCUUGGGAAACAGAUGGGCGUUGAUUGCUGGACGACUUCCAGGACGAACCGAUAAUGAGAUAAAAAAUUACUGGAAUUCUCAUUUGAGUAAGAAAGUAAUUAAAAAUACAAAUACUAGAAAUUUUAUUGCUCAAGAUCCGAUCCUAAAAGAGCAACACGAGUUCAUCCCUAACGUUGAGAUGCAACUUGUUCCUCAAGAUUGGAUCCUACAAGAGCAACACAAAUCUAUCUCUAACGUUGAGACGCAACUUGUUGCUCAAGAUUCAAUCCUAGAAGAGCAACACAAAUUCAUCCGUAACGUUGAGACACAAGAUGCAAAUAAUGACACCAUCAUCCCCUUUGAUCCCGACAAGUUUUUUGAUUUCUCCUUAGAAGGAACUUUUGAUUUAGAAUGGGUGAAUAAUUUUAUUAAGUUAGACGAGUAGGUAUUAAUAAGUUAAUUUGUA